CUGCGAGCAACGCAUCGUCGUCCUACCCCGUCGUGGGAUCGUCCGUCGCCAUGCUGGUGGUGCAGUGAUCGAGAGAUCCGUCGUAGACAGCGAGCCGCCGACGCAAAUUGCAUGCGAUCCUCGUGAACGAACCUGCUGCAUCCGGGGCGGAGACCCGAGAGCCGCUGGUCCCCGCGUCCUCUCGUCCCUCUUCUGCUCCGCAGAACGCACCACGGUGUCCGGAAUCUCUUCCCGCUAUGAACUGUGAUCGUCAGCCUCCUCCGUCGAAAACGGUGACGUAAGAACGACGAGAGGUCACGGUGUUAUCCUAUGCACGGCGUAAUCGCAACGUAUAACGACAGCGAAAACGGCUCAUACCGGAACAGUCGUCGACGUUCGUCGUAGCAGACCGUCGAAGAGACGAUCCGGAUCGCGACGUGUAGUCCUCAAGAAACGGCGAUUAUUAUUCCUCGGAACGUUCUUCCUGCGAGGGCCAAGAACACCCAACGCUUUCUCGAGAGUUGAUCGAGCGAGAAACGAAUGCGACCGCGCGAGUCGCGUACGGCGACGGUCGUUGCAUCGAGGGUGAAUCCGUCGCACGCCAUGAGGCUGGACAACAAGUGAGAAGAAAUCGGCCAGGGAAAUAAAGAACAUGGGGACGCGUUGCUUUGUAGUGGCGGCAAUUGUACUCGCGGUUGCCACCGUCUGUCGCGCGGAGUGCCAGACUCGCUCCGUUUACUGCUACGAAUGCGACUCGUGGACGGACCUCAGAUGUAAGGAUCCUUUCAAUUACACCGCGCUUCCGAGGGACCAACCACCCUUGAUGACCUGCAACGGCUGCUGCGUGAAAAUGGUUCGCAACGCGAAGUCGCCGUACGAAAGUGUGAGACGGACCUGCACUUCGCAGCUACAAAUAAAUUUGUUCAUGGUGGACCACGUGUGCAUGAUGGAAAGUACCGGCACUGGUCACAUGUGCUUCUGUGAGGAGGAUAUGUGCAAUCGUGUGUCCCCGACCUCGUGUUCGAAUCCCGUACUCCUGAUCAUCCUGUCGACCAUCCUAGUACUACGCUCGGUCGUAUUAGGGGCCCCAGCUUGCUUUGUAGAACGUUGCAAUGGUCACGUUGUAUAACACUGAUUUACUCGAAUUCACCCGCAGUGAUUCCGAUCAUAUCUCCACAGUAGACGUUUAGUUCUUAGCCGGCGACACUGAACUCCCGGUCGGGAGGAGCGAUGCCCCGCCCUUGGAUGCAACUCGAAUCGAAUCAACCGUUAUCAUUCAACGACCAUAGUAUUCCGGAGGGCGGGAUGCCGCAUGCUUCGGGAAAGAAAGCAUCGUUUCGAAUAAAUAUUUCUCCAAGAUAA